AUGCCAGCUCUGUGUCUGCAGCAGAAAGCAAUAAUGAUGUCCGUGAUCAUAUUGUCCACGGUGUCCGUCAAUGUCUAUGUGUUCUACGUGGAAGUGGCCGCCUUCUCUCACGUACUGUACAGGACAUUGGUCAAUGCCAGAAUCGCAGUAUACCACUACAUUAAUGUCAGAAAUGUGUCUGACGCCUGGAGAACUGGACAGGCCACCCAUAGAUUUCAGCUGAUAGGACAUGGUUUAAAUAUUGUUGAACUAGCCAGUUCCGCUACAGCAGCGAUGUUUGAUAGUGCCCUUGGUGAAGAAUCGUCUUUUACAGAAUGUCCAUUGCCUUCUACAAACGACGUUUUGCCUCAGAACUCCAAUUAUAUUAAUCGCACAUUCCAUGUGGCUUUUCUGCAGCGGUCGCAAUGGUUAAACAAGGAUGUGUUUAACUUCUCCAGUUGCAAGUUUACCAACUGUCAUUUUCACGGUUUUAACGUGACAGCAACGACGGAUGUUGUUAUAGUAGACGCCGACUACCUGACGGCCAAACAGAAAUUACCGACUAAACAUUGGAAACAUCAGCUUUAUAUCCUUGCCGUGAGGGAAUCUGCCAUCCAUACAGUGUCCCGUUUGCUCAUAAAAACCAGAACCUUGUGGAGCAGGCCGUUUAACAUGACGUUGAGCUACCGACGAGACUCGGAGAUGUGUGUACCGUACACGUUCUGGUUUCAUCCGAAACCCUUGGAUCGUAGACCAGACUAUUGUAGAUGA